AUGACGAUCUGUACUUGUAACGCACGUACGCUUGCAUCGGAAGCGGCCAUCGAAGGUCUGAUGAUGCAAGCCAAGAAGAUUAAGUGCGACGUCUUCGGACUGACCGAGACGAGACGAUGUAACCCUCUCAAUGCCGUAUAUGAAACUGGAGAAGAACUGUUCUUAGGAAUAUGCGACAGUAGAAGUGUUGGUGGAGUUGGCGUCCUCGCCAAACACGAGUAUGGCAAAGAACAUCGACUCUUUCGAACAACUUACGAUCUGAAUCGGACAUCCGCGGAUAAGAAGAUGUGGCCUAACACCAGCUUUGACUAUCUUCGUAGCUCACGCUCCAACAUGAAGCUACGAAGAAGAAGAAGAAGUCGAAUCUUUCUAUAUGGACCUGGAGAAAUUCUACCGAGAAGAUCCUGCCUUCUACAAGGUCAUAAUUGGCGGUUUCAACGCCAAGGUUGGCCCAAGAAGAACGCCUGA